CGUACCUUAUCAGAAAUUGUCCCUAAUAUUUGAGUUGGUCAUACAAACCUGUAUUUGAAAACACGAGAUCGAUCUGUUCAACAAUGAUUUGUUUGGUGAUAUUCUUGCUCGGCUUAGCUUACCAAACCCUUGCCCAAGGCAACUCUCCUUUUCAUGGUAACGCUACCCAGGCGCGUCUGGUUGGAGGGUCUAGCAACGCCACGGGCCUCCUGGAGGUCCUCUAUAAAGGGGAUUGGAUGCACAUAUCGUCGACGUCAGCAAGCUACUUCACACAGACGGAGGCAAAGGUUGUCUGCAACAUGCUCGGAUACGGAAACAGUUUAACAGCAUACGCGUUUGGUCCUGGUAAUGGUAACAAAUUGUUUGGGUCGCUACAUAGUCAAGGCUUGGUGAACAUACAAUUCAACUGCCAAGGAACGGAACCGGAUUUGACGCAGUGUCGAGGAUGGUCGAACUCGUUUUCACCGUCCGCUGGUUACCAGGGAUACGACGUGGCUUUAUCAUGUGAACGUACACAGCUGCGACUGCAGGACGGCGACACGUCACAUUCCGGGCGUGUGGAGAUGUUUAUUAAGGGGGACUGGCAUUCUAUUUGCGAUACUGGUUUCGAUGAUUCCGAAGCACAAGUGGUCUGUAACAUGUUGGGUUUACACAGCACUGGCAUCGCAAAGGCUUAUAGGGGAUCUCACUUUGGGCAAGGGGCAGGCGAGAUCGUGAUUGGCUCCCUGACUUGUAAAGGUAACGAGGCAGAUAUCAUGGAGUGCAACCCCGCCUUUGAUUCCAGCUGCAACCAUCGCAACGACGCUGGUGUCAAUUGUGAUUCAACACCGGUACGCCUUGUGGACGGCCCUACUAACACGUCCGGAAGAGUCGAGGUACUGCAUGGUGGAACAUGGGGAACUAUAUGCGGCGACUCGAACUUCGACUCUAAGGCCGUACAGGUCAUAUGCCGGAUGAUUGGCGUCAAUAAUCCGCAUGCGUUUGGUUACGGAUACGCCUACUACGGCGAGGGUCAAGGUUACAUCGUUAUUAACCAGCUGCGUUGCGACGGCACCGAGUCCGAUAUCUCAACGUGCCGGUCCUACGAGUGGAAUCCCCCGGGAUCUAGCUCCUCCUUUGGGUGUUCGCACACGCAGGACGCGGGGGUCAACUGUAACGGCCAAACCCUAAUUCGGUUGUCCGAUGGAGUGUCCGAGCAAUCCGGUCGCCUGGAGGUUUUACAUAACGGCCACUGGGGCACGGUCAGCAGCUACGGCUUCGACAACCACGAUCUCGCGGUAGUCUGUAGGAUGCUCGGAUACGAAUAUUCGGCCAAUUCGUUUUACAUGCCUAACGGCUACUACGGUCAGGGUAUCGGGGAGGUGCUCGUGCGAGACCUGGCCUGUCACGGCAUGGAGUCCGACAUCGGGCUGUGUGGGGGCAACUGGUGGCCCAAGACAAACCCCGGCGACCAUAAUCAGGACGUCGGCGUCAACUGCGAUGGAGUUAUUCCCAUCCGUCUUGGCGGAGAUGGAAACGCUACGGCUGGGGUCGGUCGCGUGGAGAUCCUACACAACAGCCAGUACGGAACCGUUUGCUCCAGUAACUUCGACCGCCUCGACUUGGUUGUCGUCUGCCGUAUGCUCGGAUACAACAACAUUCCGACAAGCGCCUACUGGUACCACGGCCCAACAUACGCCCAGGGCUUGGGGGAGAUAACGGUAACCAAUCUAGCGUGCAAUGGCAUCGAGGGCAGCAUUGGUCAGUGCGGUGGCCAAUGGCCGGCCACUAGGAGCUGUAGCCAUGACAACGAUGUGUUUGUCAACUGUCUCGGUGCAUCUGAGAAGAUUCGCCUGGUAGGCGGCUCCAACAACUUCACGGGUCGGGUGGAGAUUUACCACGCCGGACAAUGGGGCACGAUAUGCGACAACUCAUUCGACCGCACCGACGCCGUCGUCAUCUGCAGGAUUAUGGGCUUCCAAAACCCUGAGCGUGCAGUGGCCUACACGCGGGCUCAUUUCGGUGCCGCGGACAGCCACGUUCCCAUGGUGAUGACUGACCUCCAAUGUAACGGCCUGGAGACGACCUUGGGUCAGUGUAACCCCACGUGGCAGUCGAAAUACUGCACUCACAACCAGGACAUAGGAGUUGAUUGCUGCCCAAGCUGCCAGCCGUCCAUCGUUGGUUGAAGAUUCUGUGUCGUCAUACUUCAUGUUGUCCUAAAUAAAUGUCGUUUUGAUAAAGUGUG